UGUUUUAUUAGAUGGCGACACUGAUUCACUCUGGAAACGCCAAGGUUCCUAUUAGCUGAGUUAAGAGCGGUGGUUAAGGCAUCCUCCAAUCAAGUCCAUAUUCUGAUCGUAAUUAAAAGAUGACCAGCAAGUGUGCAUAUCACACAGCGUCAACAUUAUGACAUUAUGGCGUGAGAAAAUGAAGGUCUUAAAGUUGAAUGCAACCCCCAUGAUAAAGGCUUGAUUAAAACUUAACCUAGCCUGCUAGUCAACCUGCCUGUAAUUAACCUUAGCUAGCUUUCGAGCUUCCAACCCACUUGCAGAGUGUGUUCCACGUGAAGUAGAACAAUAGAACAUAGAGCUGCUACUGUAUGCGUGUGGAACCGACAAGUUGCAAGUUAUGCAUGGCUACAGCUGUUUUAGUGAGAAGAGGUUUAAGUGUAAUGAAGGUGUAUCAUUUUCUGGAGCUCGGUGUUUUGGGAAAACAUAGACAGUUACGAGAUAAACGAACUGAGUUAGGUUUAAUGAGCGGCGAUUUCUGUCAUCCCCUUACUGUUUUGACUAUUAUUAGUUAACUUAGUUGGCUAGCUUUCCUAUGUGUCACAACUAGUUGAGAUCUGUGAACUCUUACUCUUCUGUCAACUGGGAAUAUGUAAUACAUCAGAUUCAUUAUUUACUCUUAUGUUUAGUAAAAGUGAGAUAUUUAGCAGACGCUCUUAUCCAAGUCGACUUCCAUAGAUAUCCUGCAGUAGCCGGGAAUCGAACACGGGUCAGCCGCUUGGAAGGCGCUGAACUUACCAUUGUCCGAAAAACAAUAUGAGGUUGCUGAGAUGAACCCAGUAAAUGCCACCAGUCUUUAUCUGUCUGCUUGUCGGUCGGUGCUGCAGUGUGAUGUGGGGGAUCCAGAGACAUAUGCUGAGCUUUACAGAGUCCUUCCUUUUUUUAGGGAUUCUCUUUGCUGCCUUGCGUGCGGGAACUUGCUUCAGGAUCCAAUUGCACCCACCAGUUCCACAUGCCAGCACUAUGUCUGCAAAGCCUGCAAAGGCAAAAAGAUGUCAAUAAAACCUUCUUGCAGCUGGUGCAAAGACUAUGAACAAUUUGUCGAGAACAAACAGCUGGGCACCCUGGUGGAGUGCUACAGAAAGCUCUGUGAGUACAUCUCUGAGUCGCCCUUGGUGGAGCAGAUCGCCAGCACCGCAGGAGGCUCCCCUGAGAUCAUGUUCAUGCUGGAGGACGUUCUGGGAAUGAAACUGGAGCAGGAAAGCUCCAGCGUCCUGGACAUGCCCAGCCUGAUGCUGCCCUUGUCCCCAGCUGCAUCUGAGGGGCUCCCAUCCAGCUCUCAGCUGACUGAGAAGGCUGCAUCCUCACUGGAUGGUGGCGGGGCUCUGAAGGAUGAGCCACUCGACCAUGUUUCCCAAGCUAAGGCCAAAGCAACAGCUGUUGUAGAGGUUUGUAGUUCAGAGCUGCCUAUGACCAUAGACUUUGUCACUGUACUGGAACCAACAGUUCCCAGACAUCCCAGCUCUGGGACCUUUAGCAGUUUUAGUGACACAAAGUGCAACCACGAGCCAGUUUUGUUCAGUGUUGACGAGGCACUUGAGAACCUUGAGUCGGGUUGUAUGGGCGAGGACAUUCACGAUGGCUUGCGGCGGGACCUGCCUAUGUCCGUCAGCAUGGUCUCAGGACAGAGUGAGCCUCGGGCCUGUUCACAACAAGAGUCCUGGUCUCUCACUUCCAGUCACUCCCAGAAACCACUCUCCGGAAUCUCCUGCUCAGCUGCAACGCCACGAACGGCGCGGCUUAACCGCAAACGCUCCCACUCGGAGAGCGACAGUGAGAAGGUCAAGCCCCUGCCCAUCGCCAGCUUCAUUGAGGAACCCUCAGUGGCAGCUCCAGCCCCUCUUACAGUAACACAUGAACAAAAGGACACCGUCCAGCCCUUUGCAAAAGUCCCCAGUGAUCGAGUGCUCCAAGUCAACAAGGCACUUCUGGACACCAGUAAAAACAUACAACAAAAUCUCGAGCAGAGUGUCAAGAAGGUCUGCACAAAGACCACCAAAACAAAUAGGCCCAAGGACAAAACAAAGGAUAGGCCUAUCUCUGGUAGUGUUACUCCAGGGAACCCAACCAAAGUUUACAAGAAGGCCAAGGAAAAAAAAGGCUGCAAAUGUGGCCGGGCCACUCAAAAUCCAAGUGUUCUUACGUGCCGUGGCCAACGGUGUCCCUGCUACUCCACUCGCAAAGCCUGCUUGGAUUGUAUCUGCAGAGGCUGCCAGAACUCAUACAUGGCCAAUGGAGAGAAGAAGUUAGAAGCGUUUGCCGUGCCAGAGAAGGCCCUCGAGCAGACUCGGUUAACGUUGGGCAUCAACUACACAAGCAUUGCGGUUAGGAAUGUUGGAGCCAAUGCAGGUGUGCUCAGUCUUUCAGCUGACUCCCCCAUAGCAUCUUUUCUUGUUGCCAGCUCUCACGAUGGAUCACAACAUCGAAAGAAAAUUUAAAAUGCGGUUUUGGGGACUUGUGCAAACUGUUACCUUGCAGUGAUUAACACUCACAAGGCAGCUAUGUUGUUGUGCUAGAUUGUCUUAAAUGAAACAGUUUGCCAAAACACCUGCCUUGAAAUUAAUGUGUGUGAUAAGUAUGACUCCGAACACAGCAACAAGUUAGGACGUUUUAAACACAGUUUGUAGUUUGCAGUCACAAGGAACAUUGACUAAAUUACUGUGUGUUAUGUUUUGUGAGUAAUUAUAUGUGAAUCAGGUUAUUAAGGCACAAUUAAAUGUAAGGAGAUGGAAGUAUUUUGCAUAUAGGGCAGCUUAAGUUCUGUCUUUUGGCUGACACAUAGAUGUAUAUCUUAAUGAUGUCCAAAGUAAAAUAUGUAGUAGUGACUUGCUCCAUCAUCAAAUUACCCAAUGUGUUUCUGUUAGACUAAUGUCCAGAUUCAAGUACUCUUUCACUAUAAAGCUGUUGUCUGUGUUCAGAGGAGUUGUCAGUUUUAGAGGUGCAAAACCUCUCAAAUGACUCUUCCCAUACAUACGUUGUGCAGAUCAUCCUGUAAUGAGUCCCUUGCUGACAUUUUAGUUUACUUAUGUAAUGUGCACCAUUCUGACCAUUUCUUUUUUUCUUGAGAGAGAGAGAGAGCUCAGCACUUCACAUGACAGCACUUAGUUUGACUGGUUAUGCUCUUAGUUUUAUCAUAGGCAUCAGUGAUGGCAUAAACACUGACUUAACAUAUCAUUCUCAUCUUGUAUUUAAUCAUCAGGGUGGUACCUGAGAGAUUUUUUUUGUGGACAUUAAAAGUUGUUUGAAUUAACUUUAUCAUUACACAAAUGUAACCUCCCCUUGUGGGUUAUUUAUUGCUCCAAGACGACUCAGAGUGUGAGAGAACCUUAUGAAUCAACUUGAAGAUUUUCCUCCAAGAGGAAUAGUGAUCUUUCCCGUCCUCACACAAUCUUGUUUGAAGCAACUGUUGUCAUGGGGUGAGAACUGCAGUGUGCCAACUCUCUCUUGUUUUGUCCUACACAUGGUACGCCCAUCUCUCCUUAAACACAGACUGAAUCAGCUCUGAUCAUUCAAAUCCGACUCCAUUUAUUAAACAAUUAAUUUGUAUCAAGGGUCUUCAGGAAGCUAGGGAUCAGUGCUUAAACUGUAGCAUGAAAUAUAAGGUGAUGUUUAAAAACAUGUUCAGGUAGUGUUGAAUAAGCCAUAAAAGGUUUCAGGCGAUGCCAUUUGUGUCUAAAUGUUUUGGUUUACUGUGUUGCCACUGAAAGUCAAUUUAUUUUUGAUAAACCAUGAGAAGGCUUCAGUGAUUCCAUCCCCCUGUCACCACCCCACACCCAGCACCUUGCACCAUACAUACCUCAGCAUGUUGUUUUAUUAUUAUUUACAUUGAUGUAUUUGUACUGUGAUUUGCUGUUAACCUGACCAAACACAGUUGAAUCACUAAAGAAGGAAGAGAAACAGUACUCUUUCUGUUUACUGUCACAGUGUGCUGUUUCAAGAUGUCUCUUUGCAGUGUAUGCAAUGCGUCAUUUAUUGUGAUCAAAUGAAUUUUAAAUACUUGAUAACACUAUUACUAGGCCUCUUACCAAAUAUUGAAACUAAGUCUGUAUCAUGAAACACACAGUAGUACAAACAUAGGCUGUUUGACUUGCUGUAGAAUGUACCACUCCAUUUGUUGACUUUUUUUGUUUGUUUUGAGCCUUGGUUGUUUACAUGAAAUGUGUUUGGUUUCUAGAGUUUUUCUUGUGUUUCCAGUUAAUGCGGGUUAAUUCACUGCCACAUUUGGAAAAUUGUAAUACAACAAUAAAUAAACAAUAGUUUUCUACUUGCUUUUCAACCA